GCCAUGAAAUGAGAACACCAAAGUCUCAAGGAGAACAACUUGCCUAUAUAAACCCAUGCAAUUUCCAUCACCAUAUUCACAGUCUCACAGCUUAACCUUAGAGCGUCAGCAAGCAGUUUUUUUCCUCACCAUUAGCUCAUCUAAUUCACUUCUUCCUUUAUUCUAAAUAAGAAAAAUGGCCGUCACGUGGUUUACCGAGGAGUUCAAGACUUCAAUUGCUCCGUCGAGGAUGUUCAAGGCUCUAAUCCUUGACUCCCACAACCUCAUCCCCAAGAUUGCCCCUCAGGGUAUUAAGAGCAUCGAGUUCAUUGAAGGAGACAGUGGUCCUGGAAGCAUCAAGCAGACCAACUUUGCUGAUGGUGGUCACUUGAAGUGGCUGAAGCACAGGAUUGAUGCUAUUGACGUAGAGAAGCUCGCUUGCAAGUACACCCUGAUUGAGAGUGAUAUCCUAUUCGACAAGAUUGAAUUGGUGGUGUACGAGGUGAAAUUCGAAGCUUCCAGCGAUGGUGGAUGUGUCUGCAAAAUGACGAGUGAGUACCAUGUGAAGGCAGGUGUGGAGCUGAAGGAGGAGGACAUCAAGCAGGGCAAGGACAAGGCCAUGGGACUCUACAAAGUUGUCGAGGAAUACCUUGCAGCCAACCCAGAAGCAUAUGCUUAAAUGAGCUAGAGCCUUUAUGUUUACACACAUAGUACAUUUGUGAUUUCAGCUUCCCAGUUUUACUUCACAGUUUGUCUUUGAUUUUAAUCAAUACUUGAACUUGCUCUGCC